GCGGCUUUCUUAUAACACACAGACAUCGAGACAAGACAGAGAUAGAAAGAAAGUGGUCCACUAUCUCUCUCUCUCUACAUCAAAGAAGAAUAAGAAGACAAACCAGAGCAAAAAAGAGCCGUUGAAGCGUACAAUCUUUAAGGCAAUCUAAACCUGCAAAAGAGAGUAUCCCCUUUUCUCUUUUUCAAUCUCAACAUAAGAGGGAGAGCGAAAGACGAAGCUUUUGGGGUCAAUGGCUGGUUUAAACGACGACGUAUCAGUCGACAUUGAAGAGAUCUACAAUGGUGGCAAGGAGCAUCAUGUCAAAACUUGCCAUGGUUUAGUUUCAGUUGUUGUCUAUGGAGACCAAGAGAAACCAGCAUUGAUUACUUACCCAGAUGUAGCACUAAAUUACUUGUCUUGCUUCCAAGGAUUGUUUCUCUGCCCUGAAGCAGUGUCCUUGCUCCUCCAUAACUUUUGCAUCUACCAUAUUAGUCCCCCUGGACAUGAGUUUGGAGCUGCUCCAGUUUGUUCCAAUGAUCCUUCGCCUUCUGUUGAAGACCUCGCCGACCAGAUUCUUGAAGUAUUGAACUUCUUUAGCCUCGAGUCAGUAAUGUGCAUGGGGAUCACUGCUGGUGCCUACAUCCUUUCCUUAUUUGCUAUUAAACAUAAAGAUCGAGUUUUGGGUCUGAUUCUGAUAUCGCCUUUAUGCAAAGCACCCUCAUGGUCUGAAUGGUUUUAUUAUAAGGUAGUGUCAAACUUGUUGUACUAUUAUGGCAUGUCUGGAUUGUUAAAAGAUCGUUUCCUUCAGAGGUACUUCAGUAAGGAAGCUCGUGGUAGCUCUGAAGUUCCAGAGAGGGAUGUAGUACAUGAAUGCAGAAGGCUGCUUGGGGAAAGACACGGUGUUAGCCUUAGGAGGUUUCUGGAAGCAAUCAACAGGAGACAUGACAUAACUGAUGGCUUGAGGAGUUUGAAAUGCCGUACGCUCAUAUUUGUUGGCGACCAAUCUCCUUUCCACUCUGAAACUCUUCACAUGGUGGCUGCAUUAGACAGAAAAUACAGCGCCUUGGUUGAGGUGCAAGCUUGUGGAUCAAUGGUGACAGAAGAGCAACCACAUGCGAUGUUGAUACCAAUGGAGUUCUUUUUGAUGGGGUUUGGUUUGUAUCGGCCUGGUCGGGUUAGCGAUAGUCCUACGAGUCCACUAAGUCCGUCGUGUAUUUCGCCUGAGCUUCUCUCUCCGGAGAGUCUUGGUUUGAAGCUGAAGCCAAUAAAGACACGGGUUACCACGAAAUGUUAAAGAAACAUUGGUUCAUUUUUUUCUUAUUUCUUUCAUAUUCUUUAAUUAAAUUGUAUUUGUUGUUGUACUCUAUAUGUAGUUGAUUAACUCGAAAAACACUUUAUGUAAGAGAUGAGAUGCUAGUUUAAUGGGUUGGUAUCAUUACAAAACGUUGAAGAUUUUGUUUCUAAAUCUGUUACAGAACAUGUAAGAUGAGAACAAACUAUGAAAACCAGCAUUUCCUACCUUUUUACCCAAAAAAGAAUCCCAAAACAAUAUAGAGAAGGAUGAAGCAAAGUUACAAGUCUGUCGUAGUUAUCUUCGAGAUUUUAUACAGUUUCUUCUUCGGUUCACUCCUGAUCUCUCAGAAACAUCUAUACACAUACGGAACACAAUCGAGGGUAUUGCCCUUUGCCUAGCUUUGAGAUCGAAUGUGGCUUUGAUGUUGUCGUGUGCUGUUAUACUGAAAUAUCAUCAAGAAUCGUGAAGAGAACCUUGGAUCAUUAUUGAUAUACGCUUUGCACUCUCCGAAUGAUACAAAUCCCCUUUAAGACCAAU